GAAAGUGAAACUAUUACAGCAGGAGCCAUUUUACAGUAAAGCCUCGUUCAAGAAAAUAAAUAAUAAACAAGAUAAAAACACAGUUUAAGAUUAACUCUUUAUGUUCUGACACUGUGUGUUCAUCAUGAAUCUCUCCAAAGAGACCACAAGUUUGACUAGUGGAGAAUCUCCUAAACCCAGUUGUGUGUCUAUGAAGAGUGAUGAAUCAAUAGAUCUUCCAGUUAACUUCAGUUCAGGAGACUGUGAUGAUACAGAUGUGAGUAACACAACAAAUGGAUCCUUCAAAGGGAAGCACAUGGAUUCUGUUUUCCAGGAGCUUGAGCACAAACUCGUCUCUAUGAUGAAGAAAGAGCUGAAGACCUUCAAGAGUCUACUGAGUCCAGAUUACCCAUCAUGCUCUGAGAGAGAAGAGGAGGAUGAUGAAGAUCAGAUCAGAGUCAGAGAGAUGUUUCUGAAGAUCACACUGAACGUCCUGAAAAAGAUGAAGCAGAUAUACCUCGCUAACAAACUACAGACCAAAUUUGCCCCUGUAUACAUGAAGAAACACAAAUCCAGACUAAAAGAGCAAUUCCAAAGAAUGAAUGAAGGAAUCUCAGCUCAAGGAAGCUCAACACUUGUGAAUGAGAUCUACACAGAGCUGUACAUCACAGAGGGAGGGAGUGAAGACAUCAAUAAUGAACAUGAGGUGACACAGAUUGAGACAGCAUCCAGAAGAUCAGAGACACAAGAAACACAAAUCAAAUGUAAUGACAUCUUUAAAGUCUCACUUGAACAAAACAAACCCAUCAGAAGUGUGCUGACUAAAGGAGUCGCUGGAAUUGGAAAAACAGUCUCUGUGCAGAAGUUCAUUCUGGACUGGACUGAAGGAAAAACAAAUCAAGAUCUUCACUUGAUAUUUCCACUUCCUUUCAGAGAACUGAAUCUGAUCAAACAGAAAAAUAUCAGUCUGAUGGAUCUUCUUCAUCAGUUCUUCACAGAUACAAAAGAACUGAGAUCAACAGACUUUGAUGAUUAUAAAGUUGUGUUUAUCUUUGAUGGUCUGGAUGAGUGUCGUCUUCCUCUAGAUUUCUCAAAGAAUCCGAGUUUGUUUGAUGUCAGAGAAUCAGCGUCAGUGGAUGUGCUGCUGACAAACCUCAUCAAGGGGAAUCUGCUUCCUUCUGCUCUGAUCUGGAUCACCUCUCGACCAGCAGCAGCCAAUCAGAUUCCUCCUGAGUGUGUUGAUCUGAUCACAGAUGUACGAGGAUUCAAUGACACUCAGAAGGACGAGUAUUUCAGGAAGAGAAUCAAUGAUGAGAGUCUGGCCAACAGAAUCAUCACACACAUGAAAUCAUCUAGAAGUCUGUACAUCAUGUGUCACAUCCCAGUCUUCUGCUGGAUUUCAGCCACUGUUCUCCAGAGAAUGUUGAGUGAAGCAGAGAGUCAAGCACAGAUCCCCAAGACUCUCACUCAAAUGUUCACACACUUCCUGAUGUUUCAGAUCAAACUGAAGAGUCAGAAGUAUGAUGGGAAAUGUGAGGUAGAUCUUCAGCAGGCUAGAAAGAGUCUUGAGUCACUGGGAAAACUGGCUUUUCAACAGCUGGAGAAAGGGAACCUGAUCUUCUAUGAGGAGGAUCUGAGAGAGUGUGACAUUGAUGUCAGAGAAGCGUCAGUGUACUCAGGAGUUUGUACUCAGAUCUUCAGAGAGGAGUUUGGACUGAACCUGGGGAAGGUGUUCAGCUUUGUGCAUCUGAGCGUUCAGGAGUUUCUCGCUGCUUUAUUUGUGUUUCUGUCAUUUCUUCAGCAAACAUCAGAAAACUUUAGCAGAUUCAGAAGAAAUGUGAGUGAUGUACUGAAGAGUGAAGUGAACAAUGCCUUACAGAGUGAGAACGGACACCUGGAUCUUUACCUCAGAUUUCUUCUGGGUCUUUCACUGGAGUCCAGUCAGACAAUCUUACGAGAUCUGAUGACACAGACAGGAAGAAGCUCUGACAGUAAACAGGAAAUAGUCGAGUACAUUAAGAUGAAGAUCAGAGACAAUCUCUCUCCAGAGAAAUCCAUCAAUCUGUUUCACUGUCUGAAUGAACUCAAUGAUCAUUCUCUAGAGCAGGAAGUACAAACAUAUGUGAACAGAAGAGAUGAGUCUAGUCUUACUGGAGUCCGUCUCUCUCCUGCUCUGUGGUCAGCUCUGGUGUUUGUGUUACUGAACUCAGAAGAGAAGCUGGAUGAGUUUAAUCUGAGGAAAUAUGAUCCAUCAGAUGAAUGUCUUCUGAGGCUUCUGCCAGUGAUCAAAGCAUCCAGAACAGCUGAUCUGAGUGACUGUAAUCUGACAGAGAAAAGUUGUUCAUCACUGGCGUCAGUUCUCAGAUCAAACUCCUCAAGUCUGACAGAACUGAACCUGAGUGGCAAUAAACUGAAGGAUUCAGGAGUGAAGCUGCUCUCUGAUGGACUGAAGAAUACAAACUGUAAUCUGAAGAAAUUACAUCUGGCGUUCUGCAGUAUUGGAUCUAAAGGUUGUGUUGCUCUGACUUCAGCUCUGAGAUCAAACCCCUCACAUCUGACACAACUGGAUCUGAGCUGGAAUAAUCCAGAACCUUCAGGAGUGAAGCUGCUCUGUGAUCUACUGAAGGAUCCACAUUGUCAACUACAGACACUACUGUGGAGUAAGAAAUGGAAGCAAUUGGGCCAGCAUAAGGACAACAAAAGCAUAAGUACAAUCACAAAAGAAGACUGGUCUCAUAAAACUAGUGUCAGGAUUGUGUAAGGCAGAACCCAAAAGAUCCACAAAAGGGGAUCACACGACACCCUCCUCCACCGCUUGCAACCAAGGCCGAUAGGUAGUGGAGACGUGGCGGAAGGUGAGGCAGAUGAUGUGGCAGCGCUCAAGACCCCGACUUGCAUGGUGCGACCCUCCGAGAUCCUGCCCAGCGAAAAUUGGUAGCUGGUUUUGCUGGAGACCCUGGAUCUCGGGUUACUAGAAACGUGCUGCCACACAACGUCGAAGUCCAGCGGUCUCAGCCUCCUCAUCUCGGCUGGUGAAAGAGGGUCCCUGAGGCCGCGGUUGAAAAGCACCGCCAGUUCCUCCUCACCAAAAACCCCAUUCUCCGCGGCACUGAGGAAAUCCUCCAGGUAAUCCUCAAGACGCGCAUUGCCUUGGCGAAUGUCCACGGGGUGACGAGUCUUGCUGGACAGUCUGGUGUACCUGCCUGCUGGGUUCUUAACUGGCGGGUUCAUUCUGUCAGGAUUGUGUAAGGCAGAACCCAAAUGCAGACAGGUGGAUGGAACAAAAAUAGUUUAUUUAAAUAAAAUCAAAACAAAACCCACUAUGGGGCAAAACAGAGACUCGUACUCACAACAGAAAAUAAAUAAUAAGUCCACACAAAAUCCAGAGACGGGAUUCUCGGGCAGGAAACACAUCCAAAACGGAAAACUGGAAAAAGGUAAAUCCACAAAAGGGGUAAAUCCACAAAACCUCAGGAAGGUUUACUCGGGGCUAGACUCGAAGACAAUACUAGAACUGAUGAAAAGAAUCACAAACGUAACACAAACAGAGUAACAUUUACAAUGAACCCGCGAGGUGUGAGGGCAAAACAGAGGGACUAAAUAGGGGCCAGAUAACGAGGGGAGAUUACACAGCAAAGGAGAUGGGCAGGUGACAAUACUAAACAUUAAUGGAAGACAGGUGACGCAUAUGAAACACUAACGGAGAAACAAGGGGGCGGAGCUACACGCAAGACAGUAGGACACGCGGCGAAUAAUCAAAACAUACCGCCACGUGUCUCCACAUAUAACAAAACACAAACAAGACAUGGUACUUUCAAGGUCCCGUCCACAAAGCAUGCAAACUCGAAACAUGAAUGACGGAACCCUGACAACUAGACUCUAAGUCCCUCUGGAUAAAAACAUUUCCCCAAUUAAUAAAUGUAAUUGUAUUGUGCAGAAAGUUGCUCUCCAUUUACAUCAAGUUAAACAUGACAUACUUUUGUUGUGUUUCUGGACACACAUAAAAUUUUGUUGAAAUUCAAUGUCAUGCAUAGAAGUUGUCAAACUGUCAUUGAAAAUGAAUGAGAUCAACUUGUUCUUAAUGUGUGUGUCUUUCUCUUGGAAUAUUGUUAUAUGUAUUACAUUUAUGAUACUGAGAGAUUUAAAGUCUCACAUGAACUUUACUGCUUCAUACGAUAUCCUGAAAAAUAAAAAUGAGAUUAGAAGUGAUCAUUAAAGAUUGAUCUGUUAAUGAUUUGUCUGUUAUCUUUGUGACAAGUGCAGCGUUAUUAAAAUCUGACGAUCAAUCAUGCUGUCAGAAAAAAGUCAUAAGUAUAUUACUAACAUUGUAACUCACUGUUGUGUUGUUAUUUCUCUCUCAGUCUGAGUGUCUGUAAUCUGACAGAGAAAAGUUGUUCAUCACUGGCGUCAGUUCUCAGAUCAAACUCCUCAAGUCUGACAGAAC